AUGGCUUCUAUCAAUUCGUUCUCUCGCAUAGUGGCAACAUUUGUGCUCUCCAUUCAAGCUGUCAGCUCGAGACCACAUUGGCAGUCAAAAUCAGAUGUAGACUUGAGUAUUUCCACAACGAGUGGCCGUCUUCAAGGAAUUAUCAACGGAACUACGCCAAAUGUACGUCAAUUCCUGGGUGUGCCCUUCGCCCAGCCUCCCACCGGCGACUUGCGCUGGAUGCCACCCAAUACACUUCCAUCCAACCAGUCGUCUGCGGUUGUUGAUGCAGCGAAAUUUUCCCUGAAUUUUCCACAAGACGAAAGUGCAAUCCCUACCAUCUACAGCACCUACGUCCGAGAAUUCUUCAUUUCGGGAUCAAGUGGCGAAGACUGUCUUACUUUGAGUAUCUGGACCCCACUUCACUCUCAGCCAGAAGAUAAGCUACCGGUUGUUAUUUACCUUUAUGGUGGUGGACUUCAAACUGGGGGGUCUUCGGUACCCUAUCAAAAUCCUGCGAAAUGGAUUGAAAGAACACAAUCUCACAUCGUGGUUAGUAUUCAAUACCGGUUGAACAUCUUUGGAUUUCCAAAUGCACCUGGUCUUGAAUCCCAAAAUCUGGGUUAUCUCGAUCAGCGAGCGGGAGUGGAAUGGAUCUACGAGAAUAUCGCUGCGUUUGGUGGCAAUUCUGAACAAAUGGUCCUAUGGGGACAAUCGGCGGGAUCAAUAUCAACUGAAGCAUACAACUUUGCUUAUCCUGAUGAUCCAAUUGUCAAAGGAUUCAUAUGUGAUGCCGGCCCUCAAUUUGCAGCCACGUCAAUAGAUGAUCCUACAUACUCGAAUUUCACAUUUGUGGCUUCUCAGUUUAAUUGUACGGGCUCGGAACUUCUCCACUGCACGCGCAAGAUUCCAGCCGACGAUAUUGAAGAUUUCUUGAAGUCUUACAAUGACGCUCUUGCCACCCCCGCAUUAUCAUUCAACGCUGUACUAGACGACAAGAUUGUCUUUUUGAAUUACACACAGCGAUUCAUAGAUAACCAACUUUCUUCACUUCCCGUAAUUUAUGGAUUUACCAACAAUGAUACUAUAUCCCUCAACGCAUUCCCAGCAGAUCCGUUAACCGAAUCAGCUAAUCGCACUCUGGCUUCGAUGGGCCAAAUUUCUCGCUUUAUCUGUCCCACCUCUGCUGAAUCAUACUAUCGGACCCAACUCGGUCUUAAAACCUAUCGCUUUCAAUACCGAGGAAAUUUCUCUAACGUUUCACCAUUACCAUGGGCAGGCGCAUAUCAUUCUAGCGAGCUCCCUAUGAUUUUUGGAACCUCAGAGGACUUCAGAGGCAAGAAUACAGAGUUGGAGUGGGAAACGAGUAGAGCGAUGCAAGAUGCUUGGUUAGCAUUUGCAAGAAAGCCUGAUGGAGGAUUAGAGGAAUUAGGAUGGGGGAACAGUAGUGGACAGAUGGUGGAGGUUUUCGGAGGAAGAAGUACUCAUGAUGAUACCGGGGAGAAUGUUGCGAAACAGUUUAUAAGUCUGAAGGAAUUGGCGGUGAGCUGUAGUAUCAAGUAA